UUACAAACUAACAGGGUUGGAGCUUUAACAGUAAAUCGGGCCAUUUGUAGAACUUAUAUUGAGACAAACAUAUCACAAAAUGUUUAGUCAUUGGAUCUUAUUGGCUUUGGCUACAGUGGCAUUUGGUGCCACCUUUCUCAAGGAGAGAAAGCCAGUAGCCAGCAACAAGCGAGUGAUAUGCUAUCACACAAAUUGGUCCCAAUAUAGGCCCAGCCCAGGCACGUUUAACCCCCCAGACAUCAACCCCAACCUCUGCACCCAUUUGAUGUAUUCAUUCGGUGUAAUUGAUGCUACAACGUUUGAAAUCAUCCCCUAUGAGUGGAACGACGAUGGACCCGGUGGCUUGUACGAGCAAUUUAACAAUCUUAAAAAUCAAAACCCGGAAUUGAAGACGCUCCUCGCCAUUGGUGGAUGGAACUUCGGCAUGGAUGUCGUCUCUGAUAUGAUGGCCACGACCCAAACACGCGCAGCAUUCAUCAACUCGGCACUGACCUUCCUCAGGAGUAGGAACUUUGAUGGACUAGAUCUGGACUUUGAGUAUCCUGCCAACCGUGGUAGCCCGCCAGAGGACAAACAAAGAUUCACACUCCUUUGCCAGGAACUAAGAGCAGCGUUUGAUGCUGAUACAACAGGGCCGACGCUUCUCCUAACUGCCGCUGUAGGAGCCGGGAAAGCAACCGUCGAUUCGGCUUACGAAGUCCCAGAAAUUAAUGCCGCAUUGGAUUUCAUCAACGUGAUGUCUUACGAUUUCCACGGAGCAUGGGAGACUGACACUGACCAUAACGCCCCACUGUAUUCUCGCGCUAGCCAGGCCGGAUCCGAUGACGAGUAUUGGACAACUGAAUGGUCAUCUAAUUACUGGGUAUCUCUGGGCGCUGACAGAGACAAGCUGAACAUCGGUAUCCCUCUUUACGGUAGAUCUUUUACUUUGGCCAACCCAUCAACUUUCGGUCUUGACGCCCCGGCAACUGGAGAGGGAGUAAACGGCACAUGGACAAGAACAUACGGGUUCUUGGCAUACUACGAGGUGUGUUUGGACUUCCUUGGUGCUAAGUACGGUGGAAAUAGAAUUUGGAAUGACGAAAUUAAAGCGCCAUUUGCAUACCACAGUGACCAAUGGGUUGGCUAUGAUGACGUCCCUUCUGUAAUAGAGAAGACUCGCUGGAUAGCUGAGAACAACUUCCCUGGUGUUAUCGUGUGGGCUUUAGACUUGGAUGAUUUCAGUAACCAGUGUGGCGGUGGGGCUUACCCUCUUAUGAACGCAAUUGUUGAUAACCUCGACACAUGCCUAGAUGGAACUCCUAUACCAUGUGGUGGCGCAACUACAACCCAAGGUCCCACAACAACAACUGUUGCUGGUGCUACAACCACCACCGCUGCUACAACCACAACUACAACAGCUGCAACAACUACAACUUCAACAGCUUCUCCAGGUGGUACAUGCACUGACAUGUGCUUAGCAUGCCCCACUUGCGCCUACACAAAUCAUCCAACCGUACAAUGCACAAUGUUUUGUCAGUGUGCUAACGGAGUCGGAUACGAGUUGAAUUGCCCAGAAAAUACAUGUUGGGACGAUUCUUCUGCUCAGUGUACAUAUUAAGUACGUGCGGAUACCAGAGGCAAAGUGCGUGUUAUAUUCCUCGCUUUUAUUGUAUGAUUUUGAUGAUUUUUAGCAUAAAUAAAUUAACAAGCUGGUGUAACCCAAA